AUGGAAAUGAUGACAAUCCUAUUCUUCCAUCACCUUAUCUUUCAGAAUCAGCACAACUAUGGAUAUCUUGAAAUACUAUUAUUCUGAAUAGUUUAACAACGAAAGGAUUUUACAUCAGACGAAGUGAUUAAAGCACAUGCAUUUUGAAUUCAUAAUCAAUGAUUUACAUAGAUAUAAAACAGUAUUUUCUGAGUUUUAUCAGUGCAAGCUGAUAAAAACUUCCGGCUGACAGUGCGGUACAUUGCACGUUCCUGCGUCUCUAGGGCCGCACGAAAGGUAAGCACAUAUUUUCGCCACCAGGCGUCGCUCCGACAAGAUGGAACGGUGUGUGACAUGGUUCCUCCUCAGCUUGGUACCCUGGGUCCUGGAAGCCAAACUUACCUACAUAGCUAUACGGCUCCCUCUACAGGGUGACAGGGCGGUUCCCGGAGCACCUUGGCCUUUACCAAAAACAUGGGUAAACGACAGCGAGCGAUUUAAUCUGGAUUUGACAAGCUUCCAGUUUACAUCAUCCAUGAAGUCAUGUGAUAUAAUAUUGUCAGCCUUUGAUCGCUAUCACAAAAUAUUCAAUUUGGAGCGAAAAUCCUAUUCCUCGGGACCGGAAGAGAUUGUGACGUCACUGCAUGUUGUUGUUGAAGAUACUUCCUGUCCAGGAUACCCUAGUCCGGAUAUGGAUGAAUCAUAUAAUUUGACGGUGUCCACGAGUCCACGUCUCACAUGUGCGACAGUUUGGGGUGCUCUCCGAGGUUUAGAAACGUUCAGUCAGCUGAUAUAUAAUGAGGGAGAGGAAAGUUCACUCUUCAUCAACAAGACAACCAUAAUUGAUGAGCCUCGUUUUCGCUACAGGGGUAUUAUGUUGGACACUGCAAGACAUUUCCUUCCGAUGCCUAUUCUUCUAAAAAAUCUAGAUGCGAUGGCUUACAACAAAUUUAAUGUGUUUCACUGGCACAUCGUGGAUGACCAGUCAUUUCCGUAUGAAAGCGUAGUAUUUCCAAGCUUGUCAGAAAAGGGAGCGUAUUCUGGAAAACUGAUUUACACACAGGAAGACAUUAGACACGUCAUUCAGUAUGCCAGAUUACGGGGAAUCCGAGUCGUUCCGGAGUUUGACACACCUGGACAUACGCAAUCAUGGGGGGAAGCGUUCAAAUCUCUCCUGACUCCCUGUUGGGUGGAUGGAAAAGAAGGAGUUGCUAAACCAUUGUUCCACGGCGCGUACGAAAUAUUUGAUCCCUCCAGAGAAUCGACGUUUGAUUUUCUGCAGAAAUUUAUCGGCGAGGUUGUGGAGGUGUUUCCUGAUCAGUACCUCCAUCUCGGAAUGGAUGAAUCCUACCCUUCCUGCUGGAAGUCCAGUCCGAACAUCACUGCCUUCAUGAAGGAAAAUAACAUCACCACAUAUGUCCAGCUGAUGCAGUAUUACGUGACCAGAGUUCUGGACAUUGUCCAGAGCACCAACAAGAGUUACGUCAUCUGGCAGGAUCCCAUAGAGGAGGGCACCAAGGCUAGCCCUGACACCAUUGUGGAAGUAUGGCGGGGAAAUUCUACUGUCCCCUGGCAGAACUACAUGAGUGAGGUCUCUAAACAUGGCUAUAAGACUAUCCUCGCGUCAUGUUGGUAUUUAAAUUACAUCAGUUACGGUCAGGACUGGAAAAAGUACUAUCAGUGUGAACCGCUCAAUUUCACAGGGACCGCGGAGCAAUAUGACAAUGUCAUCGGAGGAGAGGUCUGUAUGUUUGCGGAGUAUAUCGACGGAACCAACCUUCUGUCCAGACUUUGGCCGCGAGCCUCUGCUGUAGCAGAACGUCUAUGGAGCAGACGUGACGUCAAAGACGUAGAAAGUGCAAAGUUCAGACUGGAUCAACAAAGAUGCCGAAUGUUAAAGCGAGGCAUUCCAGCCCAGCCGAUCUUGGACGGUUACUGUGGGGAUUAUGAGUUUGGAUUUCCGGGCAGCAAUGGUAUAUACGAGACAUCGGAGAAAAGACCACGGACUCCCCCCGCGGCGUCCUCGGCAGCAGGCGUCUUCCUCUCACUGUUGUCCGUGACCUUCAUUUCCUGUUUCUGCUUCAUGGUAUAAUGCCGACAUUUUUCUGUCCACAUACAUUAUCAGAUUACGAAGGAUUUUAAUUCCUACACCAGUUUGAUCAGUACAAUCACAUUUUGGAUUACAUCAAUGAGGAUACCGUAUAUAGGAGGAUUUUUCGAGGCGAAAUCACAAAAAUUUGCCGGAUAUGAAAGAGAACCAGAUUAUAUUGAGUCGUGAAUAAUCAUGUUAACAUUGCUCCUGAAUUAACAAAUGUACACAGUAUACAUGUGAACCGUUUGCACUUAUAGAAUACAUUUUAAAAAAUUAACAUUUGAUCGUCUAAUCGUCACUCUCGAUAUCGACUCGUGACCACUGGACUAUAUAAAGACCUCAGUUUUCACCUAAAUCUUAAUGUUCCUCUAUGGAUCAAAAGUGAGCUCGUCUAAACUGAAUGGCACCAGAGCCACAUGAGUGUUAACUUUCUGAAAAUAAAGACAUGGUCACCGCAGGAUUUUGUCUUCGUGUUUAGCUGUGCAGAGACUGUCUAUGUAUGUUACUAGUCCUCUCCUAUAACAAUAGAAAACAAACAGUGAUAUAUGUGAAUCAAGCUGGAAUAUACUGUAUGGCCCUCUCUAUGAUGUCAGAAAAUAGACCAAUCUAUUUUAAAUUCUGUCCAAAGCUUUCAAUAUUAUCCAUAUUUUGCUUUAGAAGUGAUAGUGCGCGGGCGUAAUUAAACAGUAUUUUUAAAUUCACAAACUUCAUUGAUGAUAUCAUUUUACACGGUACGUCAGUAAUGAUACAUUGUAUGUGAUCACGCAUGCGCUAUAUGUUUCCCAACCCAAAAUUUGCCGCGAAACGCUAUUUUGCUGCAAAUUGUAAUAUCUGGAAUAUAAGCAUUUGUGUUAUUCUUUGAUAUAUUAACAUGCCAAAACAAAUUAGAGUAUCUUCACAAUAUAUAAAAUCAAUCCAUCUUCAAUAUCCUGUAACUUUAUUGGGAGGUCAAAAGUCAUAAACGCGGAUUCCAAGCAUGCAAAGAAUUUGAUCAUGAAAAGAACAAGAAUGUAUCAGCAGCUCGGAAAUGAAGGCUUGCGCAGUUUCAUAUCACGCUUAUUUUGUUUUGUUGAAACACUAAUCUGUAUCCCUUUUGAUAUCUAUCAAAUCAUUCAACUUAUAUUAAGCCCUCCUUCAGCUUCGUUUCGACCGGUCAUCUUGAAAUUUGCGAAAUCUCUCUUUCAGAAUGAUGCCAUUAAUCUCCGUCAAUAGAUACACUUACAGUACAGAUACAGUAUCUCAAUGAUAUAGUGAACUAUCAUUCUGUUUCUGGGUCAUGUACUGAAACAAAGGGCUAUUUCUGCGUUUUAUAUAGUAAUUAUAUAGUUCUAUCAUAGAAUGUAAAUUAGAGGGCAGAAAUCAUUCAUUAUCGAACUUGGUUCUUUCUCUUAUGUCUGUAUAUAUGUAUUUAGAAUUCAGUCAGUUCAAUUUAGAGAACCACAUUACGUUUCUAAUUAUUCUAAAUCAUAUUGUUUGCAUAGGGGCUAAGCCUGUUUUGGGUCCGAACUCUGUGCAAACAAUUUGAUCAUAUUCUAUAUUCAUGGUAUCACCAGAGUUCGGACCCAAAACGGGCUUAUCCCCCGUGGUUGUUUGGAUGACAAAAAAGACAAAGCGAAAUAUUGUUUAUAAUUCUUGCCAAAGGACAAGGGACAGGUCGUCCCAAAAAUUGAACAAUCUGGUUGUUCGUGUCGUUGGUCAUUUUAAUGCUUUGUAUAUAUAUGUGUGUGUGUAUGUGUGUAUAUAUGUGUGUAUUAAAUGCAUGUAUGUAUGUGUGUAUUAUUAAAAUGAUACGUGAAAUAAACAAUCAAACGAAAAA